GUCGAGGAAGAACCAAAAAUUUACUUAAACAAAAUUAAUUGGGAAAAAUGAAGUCCACAUUUGUAUUUGUUGCUGUUUGCAUUACACUUGCUGCAGCCGGGCCAGUAUUUAGACAGUCAGAAAUCUCAGAAAAGCCCGCAGUACAAAUACUUGAAUACACAAACGACAACACGGGCGUUGGUCCAUACAAUUUUCAAUAUGAAACAUCCGAUGGACAAAAACGUGAAGAACAUGCCCAGCUUGUUGUGGAAAACGAUGAACCUUCACAAGUAGUAAGCGGCUCAUAUUCGUUUGUUGCAGAUGAUGGCAUGCAAUACACAGUUAAUUAUACGGCUGAUAAAUUCGGAUUUCAUGCAGAAGCUUCUCAUAUCCCGCAACCACAACCUCAAUCACAAUACAAAAGAAUAUAAAAUUUAAGCUUUUGAACUUUUCUAAGCUUCUUUCAAUCAAGUUUGACUUGAAGUUUUGAAAUCAAGUUUGAGAAACUUGAACUUCUUGAGUUUGAAUUAACAAAAUACCCAAUACGCUAUAAUAAACUACAAAAGUCGAUUUAAUAAAUAUGGACAUUUUUUAAAAGCU